GUUCCGCUGCUUUCUUCACUGUUAUUGUUUGUGGCAAGAGGACCUGCGUUUAACCAAAGCAGCUGACUAGAAGACAACAUAUUGGGAUUAAGACUUUGAAUCAGAAUGGCGUCAGACUCCCCGCGCAGACCAAGCCGCUGUGCUGGAGGGGUGGUGGUGCGUGCUCAAGCAGCCACUGAGCAGUCUUAUAUGGAGAGUGUUGUGACUUUUCUCCAAGAUGUGGUCCCACAGGCAUACACAGGUGCCCCUCCAACUGAUGAGAAAGAGAAGAUAGUUUGGGUCCGAUUUGAGAAGGCUGACAUCAAUGAUACAGCCCGCUCCCCAGAGUUUCUGGAAAUGCACAGUGGAAGCAGUGACCCUCCCCUCUGCCUCAUGAUUGGCUACGCUGACGGGAUGCAGAUCUGGAGCAUAUCGCUGGGUGGGGAGGCCCAAGAGCUUUUUUCUGUACGCCACGGACCUGUUAGAGCUGCCCGCAUCUUGCCUGCUCCCCAUAUCAGUCCUGUGAAGACGGACAGUUUCGCAGACAAGAGACCUCUCCUGGGAGUGUGCAAGAGCACUGGGUCUUCAGGGACCAGUCCUCCAUACUGCUGUGUGGACCUCUACUCUCUGAGAUCAGGGGACAUGGUUAAGUCCAUUCAGUUCAAGACGGCCAUCUAUGACCUCCACUGCAACAAGGAGAUUCUAGUUGUGACCCUGCAAGAGAAGAUUGCUGCAUUUGACAGCUGCACAUUCACCAAAAAGUUCUUUGUUACAACCUGCUUCCCCUGUCCUGGCCCCAACCUAAACCCCAUAGCCCUGGGAGGCCGCUGGCUAGCCUACGCUGACAAUAAGUUGAUCCGAUGUCACCAAUCUCGUGGCGGCGCUUGCGGGGACAAUGCCCAGUCUUACACCGCUACAGUCAUCAGCGCUGCUAAAACGCUGAAGACGGGCCUCACCAUGGUGGGGAAGGUGGUGACCCAGCUAGCUGGGACUUUGCCCGCUGGCCCCCCAGACGAAGAGGGCGUUACCCCUCACAGCACCAUCCGCCGGAGCCCCCCCUCCCCUGGAGUCAUCACCAUCAUUGACACACACAACGUCGGAGAGGGACAGGUCCUGGUGAGUGAGGACUCUGAUGGAGAGGGAGUGGUGGCCCACUUCCCAGCCCAUGACAAACCCAUAUCCUGCAUGGCAUUCAACCCCAGUGGAAUGCUGUUAGUGACUGCAGACGCUCUGGGCCAUGACUUCCAUGUGUUCCAGGUCCUAACUCACCCGUGGGCCUCCAACCAGUCUGCUGUCCACCACCUCUAUACCCUGCACCGCGGAGAGACUGAAGCCAAGGUCCAGGACAUCUGUUUCAGCCAGGACAGUCGCUGGGUGGUGAUCAGCACACUGCGAGGCACCUCUCAUGUGUUUCCCAUCAACCCGUAUGGUGGCGUGCCUUGCGCCCGAACCCACAUGUCCCCCCGCGUGGUCAACCGUAUGUCCCGCUUCCAGAAGAGUGCUGGGCUGGAGGAGAUAGAGAAUGAACUGACCAGCAAGCAGGCUGGAGGAGGGAGGUGCAGCCCUAUCCCCGGGCUGUCCAGCAGCCCCUCCGGGUCCCCGCUACAUGCUAAACUCAGCAGCCAGGAGUCAUACAACAACUUCACCAACAGCAACAUGGGGAAUCCUCGCCUGUCCCCUCUGCCCAGCCUCACCAUGGUGUUACCCCUGGCCCAGAUAAAACAACCCAUGACCCUGGGCACUAUGACCAAGCGCUCCGGACCUUACCUCUUUGGGGCAGGAUGUUUUGCCAUUAAAACUCCAUGCAAAACCAAGCCCCCUCCUCAGAUGUCCCCCAGUAAGUCCAGUGGAGGAGAGUUCUGUGUGGCAGCUGUCUUUGCUCCUUCACGUGCCUGGUACAUGACCAACCCCAACAUGAAGAGGGAGAAAGACCAGUCCAGUCGGUCAGUGGUCGAGUCCCUCUACAUCCUAAGUUGCUAUGGCACGCUUGUGGAACACGUUCUGGAACCUAGACCAAUCAGCACUGCUCAGAAGAUCAGUGAUGACACGCCCCUGGAGCUUAACACAAGUCCACGGGCCUGUUGGAACCUGGCCAGGACACCGCAGUGGAAUGAGCUCCAGCCUCCUUUCCUGUCCAAUCACCCUCUGGUACUGGCCUCUGAUUUGGUCCAGUACUACCAGUACCUCCUGGCUGGAUUGGUGCCCCCUGGAAGCCCUGGCGCCAUCACCCGCCACGAGUCUUACGACAGCUUGGCGUCGGACCACAGUGGGCAGGAGGACGAGGAGUGGCUCUCGCAGGUGGAGAUAGUGACCCACACUGGGCCUCAUCGUCGGCUGUGGAUGGGCCCUCAGUUCCAGUUCAAGACCAUCCACCCCUCUGGUCAGACUACAGUGAUCUCCUCGUCGUCCUCUGUGCUGCAGUCCCAGGGCCCCACUCACAUUCAGCAGCCUCUGUUGGACUUUGACACUGACGACCUGGACCUUCACAGUCUCAGGAUCCAGCCGGUGCGUUCUGAACCCGUCAGCAUGCCUGGUUCCUCCCGUCUGGUGACAGACCGAAGAGGACAAGGGACACUCAUGGACCCAGGAUCUGGGACAUUCGACCGCAGCGUGACCCUGCUGGAGGUGUGUGGCAGCUGGCCAGAGAGCUUCGGCCUGCGUCACAUGAGCUCUGUGGAGUCCACUGAGGACGGGCUGAGAGAGAGGCUGGCGGAUGCCAUGUCCGAGUCGCCGUCCAGAGACAUAGUGGGCUCUGCUACUGAGCUCCAGAGGGAGGGCAGCAUUGAGACUCUCAGCAACAGCUCCGGCUCCACCAGUGGCUCCAUCCCCCGUAACUAUGAGGGCUACCGCUCCCCGCUACCCACCAACGAGAGCCAGCCCCUCAGCCUUUUCCCCUCCGGAUUCCCCUAGAAAGACACCAGGAGACGGCCUGCCUACCGUCCCUACCGCACGGAGCUGAAGUACUGUUUGAAAUAGUUCAGAUGCUUCAGGUCUGUGUGGAGUGCCAGAUGGGAAUGGGUUCAACCAGUCCAUGGCACCAGAUGCUCAAUAACCCAGUAUUUGAAAUUGUUUCAGAGAGUAUUUGAAUCCAAGUGGUCUACCUGCGUCCGUUCUACUGCUUCACACAGCCAGUCCAGACAAUCUUGAUAACUCAGCUGGAGGUCUCUCUGGGCCUCUUCCCUGUAGACACCAUGUUGAUGUUCAUUAGCUUAAUGUUCCAGGAUGUUAUUGUGAGAGGUAGCCCUCUGCUCCUCUCUCUCUAUAAAUUCAGAGAAGCUCCUGUUACCCCCACCUAUUGAUUUUUAUUUGUGGGGGGGUAAUGUGUCACGUGAUGUGUUUUCAGAUACCUGUGUGUGUUUGUAUGUGAAGAAACCUGUCACAUGGAGUGAGUUGAAUUUUGGGUGUGUGUGGUGCCCUGUGUGGGUUCCGUUCGUCUGUAGUGAGAGUGAAGUUUGAACCCAGGUGUUUUGAUUGAGCAGUGUGACUCGGCCCGUGUGUGAAUAAAUAAAAAGUGCCCUGGUGAUCACGGCCAUGCCCCAAAUGGCACCCUGUUUCCCUGUAUAGUGCACUCCUUUUGAGGUCAUACAUAGAGAACUAUGGAGGCUGUAGGGUGCCAUUUAUUUCACAAGCCACCUCUUGGUAAAUUAUUAUUUUUUUGCCUUUGUGUUCAGUGACAGAAACACAGUCAAAAUAUUUUUUGGGUUGCUGAUUACUUUACUGCCCAUUUGAAAUAGAUUUUUACAGACUUAAUGUAGCUGGAGUUGCUUUGCUUCUGAAGAUGACCACCUAGCGCAGCAUGUAUGCUCUAAUGUAUACUAGCUACUAAAGACCAAAAAACUUCCAUGUAUAGAUAUGGAUUUGUCUUUCUGCUUAUUUUGUUUCUUUGAUGGUUUGGGUUUUAAUGUCUAGUGUAUUUUAUGAUUGCAUCUUGAAUUGAUUUUUAAUGUUUAUUUUGUGCUUUAAUUAAAUAAAAGGCUUCCUUUAAAAACACCUCAAACAAGCAUAUUAAACAGAGGUGCAUGUGUGUACUCUGAAUAUCUCCUUUGCUUGAUUUGGCUAGACCUUAUAGGACUGGAUAUGAAUGCACUAGUGAGGACAGAAAGUAACACUCACCUUUUUAGAUUAAAAGCAGGUUCUGAAUAUUUUGUCACUGAUUGUGGAUUCCGUUGUUUGUCUAAAAUGUUAUUGUUAAAAACAAUACAAUCCUUUCUUGGGAAUCAAUGACUAGCUGAUUAGACGGCUUUGUUCAGUUAUGCAACAAUAAAGUAGAAAUUAGGCUUUUCAGAAUUAGUUAGAACUUUUUCUCAUUUUAAUAAAGUAAUUUUAUGGGUUUAACUAGGACUUUUUUAAAUAUCUGCUGACCUUUAGCAAAAUUUGGCAAUUUGAUUAACCACAAUUACAGUAAAUCCUGCUAUUGCCUCAAUUAAAUGUUAUCAUUUAACAGCCUUAGUAGAGAUUCAUUCCAUGGAAGAGAUUUCUCUCAAAUCUUUAUAUUACAUUUCUUUCUAGGACAGUGUGAGCAUUGAAUCUUAGUGAACACUGACAUUUUCCCUAAUGCUGCAUGCUACUGUUGCUUGGACAAUGGACAAUAUAACAUAAAAGGGGUGUGAUUAAUUUAUUUGUUUAAAUGCAGAACAUGUGCUUAUUAAUUAACAGUGCUUGUAAUAUUGCUUUUGAAAAAUACUGAGUCAUUAUUUGUUAUAUAUUGAUGUGGAUUAAUAAAGACUUACAAAUUA